AUGCCUCCGGUCUGUCAAACUCAACCAAACGAAAGCGUACAAACAUCUACUGGUGGUCAAUUACUACCAGAUGGCUCUGUUCUUGCCCCAGGAAGGAAUGGUGUGGUGAUAGGAGGUUCCCCAGCAGGAUUAAGUCUCCUAUCCAACAUCUCCUCCAUAACUCAGCUGUUGCCAGCAGCCAAAUCAGUCUCCAUACGAAGCAGUGUCCCAACUGAUUUACCAGAAGAGUUGGUAGACUCUGACCAUGAAGAUGCACUGGACCUAGACGAGCUUGACGACCACAGCAUUGAGAACGAGGAAGACUUCCAACACCUCAAUUGUGAAGCUGAAGAAGCUGACAGAAUUCUAUCAGGAACGGGAUUCGUGACCCCGACCAUGAUUAUUCACGGUUGA